CUUCUGUGCAAACUUUUUCAAAAACGAAUUAAAAACGAAGAAGAUACCAUAUGGUAUGCAGUUGGUACCGAGAGGCCAGAAUUUUUUUUUCUAAAAAAAUAUUGAAAAUUGUUCUCAUUUGGUAGAGCACGAUGAACUCGUUCCAUCUGUGCAAAAAAAUAAAUUAAAAUCCGAGUUAAAACGAAAAAGAUAUGAGCCGAUUAAGAAAGCUAGGAAACAUAAAAAUGGUCCUUAAUUUUCCAUCUUUAGAUCUGGAUUUUCUAAAUGAAUGGUCCAAAUUUGGUUAUUGAUUGAUGCAUAACCCAUAGUUAUGCACCCUAUCUUGAGCCGUCAUUAAGUACUAACAAUCGUGAGGAAGCUAUGGUGUCCUUUGACUAGAUUAAUUAAGCCUUGCUGGAUGCCCUUAAAUUAAAUGGUACAGUACAGUCGUCUCUCCAUGACUCCAUCCUUCUCCGAUAGAUGGCUGUUUAUUUCUAUUUUAUACUAAAUAAAUAAAUAGAGACAGUGAUUUUUGAAUUUGGUUACAUAAAUUAAUAUCACGUAGAGAGAGAAACGUAGAGAGAGGUGAGGGAUUCUGGUACGCGAGGUUUUCCGAUCUCGAGCUCGCUGCCAGCUCCGGCACCUGCGCCGGAGCAGCUCUCUUCCGCUUCUAUUACUUUUCUUAUGAGUGAGACGAGGGAAGCGAUGUAAAUUCAGUUUCGGGGGUGCCAAAUGGUGAUAAUCGGGGGAUUCCAACGAAACCCUGGGCGUCACUGUUUGGCAUCUCUGAGGCUAAUCGCUUGACAUACAUACCACCGGAAGUUGUUAAUGGCGGAUUGCGUAUGCCCAGAGCUGUACGAGAUGCUGGAGCGGCGGUGGAAGAAUAGCCUGGUCGGGAAAUUUCUUCAGGAUCCACCUCCUCUGUAUGUACUGCGUCGUUGGGCGAACAAGCUCUGGGGGCGCGAUGGCCAGGUACGGGUCUCAUUGCUCUACGAUCGGAUGUUGCUGAUACAGUUGCCAAAUCAGAAGGUAUGUGAUUGGAUUCUGGAGAACGGCCCAUGGUUCCACUUCAAUAAUCUACUUUAUCUUCGACCAUGGACUCCGGGAAUUAGUGUUGAGGAUCUGGGGAGGAAGGCUCUGCCGAUUUGGGUGCAUUUUGCUAAUGUCCCACUGGAGUACAAUGAUUAUCAGGGUUUAAGUCGAAUUGCUAGUUGGAUUGGGGUGCCGUUGGGUGUUGAUCAUACCACAAGGAUGGGAGAUAGACAUGGGUAUGCUAAGGUGCUGGUGGAACUCACAGUAGAUAGUGAAUGUCCAGAUCAUGUGUUAUUGUGGCCAGAUGAUGACUCUUCGUUAAGGAUUGGUAUUACUUACUGUAACUUGCCUCCUAUUUGCUCUAAAUGUCAUCUGUUUGGUAUUAUUGGGGAAUGUACUAAGCAUCAAGGUCACCAACAAGGUCAGAAAUGGGUUCCAAAUCAAGUUAAUCUUGUGAUUUCUAUUACAGAAAAGGUGCAAAGUGCCAAAUUGGAUGUUCCAGUGGUAGUGCAGGAUCAAACAGUGGGUAAUGGAAAUGGUAAGGAAGUGGUGCUAUAUGAUGCUGAUCCUCAACUAAGUGCUAUCAUUCCUGAGCUUGCAGGGACGAGCCAGAUUCCUCUCAACCUAGAGAAAUCCUUUCAAGAUGUAGCUAGUUCUCCUAAGCUUCCUACUGUGGAUGAAUUUCAGAUGGUAGUAAAUGGGGCUAAGCCUCGCAUUUGGUCUCCUCAGUCAAGUCCUCAGAUUCAGACUACAUCAGCAUUUACUGCACUAAGUAAGCUGGAUGAAAACAAUAUCAUUAAGGUUCAAGCAGCUCCAAAAAAGAAGGAUGGUAAGAAAGAGGUUAAGAAGGGUGGGGGGAAACCCUCUUCCUCCAAAUGAUUAUCUUAUUCUGGAAUGUAAGGGGGUUUAACAAAACCUCCAAACAAAGGGACUUGCUUCAAGUCCUGCGUAGAAAUAAGGUAGAUGUUGUAGCUGUUUUAGAAACCAGAAUUCAAAAAGAGAAAGCUGAUAAGGCAGUAGAGGAAGUAUUUCAAGGCUGGGAGAGGUACCUGAACUUUGUUGAUUCAAAUCUGGGGCGUGUGUGGCUGUUUUGGAAUCCUGACAUUAAGCUCAGGGUGCUAAAACCGGGAAAAAAUUAUAUGCACUGUAUAGUUGAAGAUAUUGAUAGAAGCAGUUUCUUUUUAACAGCAGUCUAUGAUGCAAAUGAUGAGGUAGAAUGUAAGGCAACUUAUGAGGACAUAGCAAGGGUGAAAGUGGAUGGUUAUCCUUGGAUUGUGGGGGGGGGGGACUUCAAUACAGUACGUGUACCAGCUGAAACAUCAAAUCUCUCCUGUGUGACCCAAAGUAUGACUGAUUUUAAUGACUGGAUAGGUACAAUGGAGCUGCUGGAUUAUAGAAUGACAGGGCCACAGUUCACUUGGACUAAUAGGCAGCUGAAUAAUCCUAUUGCCAAGAAACUUGAUAGGGCUCUGGUCAAUAUUAAGUGGAUAGAAUCUUACAAGGACUGUGCAAUGGAGGUCUUUCCUGCAGGGUUCACUGAUCACUGUGGGGUUCAAGUCAAUACUACAUCCUCUGUUACUUCUUAUCCAAAACCAUUUAAAUAUUUUGAGUUUUGGGCUGAGCAUCCGUUGUUUCUAGAGGUGGUUGAGACAGCUUGGGCAAAAAAGGUUGAGGGUACACCUAUGUAGAUAAUACAAGGUAAAUUGCGUGAAGUGAAACAAGCAUUGAAAAAAUUCAAUAAAGAGGUAUAUGGGGAAUUGCAUAAACAAGUUGAAGAGGCUGCAGAGGAAUUCAAGAGAGUACAAGUGCAGGCUCUCUCAGAUCCUACAACUACUCAUUUUGAAGCAGUCAAGGUAUGUAAACAGAAAUUGGAUCAGAUCAGUAUGGCAUAUGAAAGUUUUUGUUGGUAGAAGUCUAGGGUUUCAUGGUUGACAGUAGGAGAUACAAGUUCAGCAUUUUUUCAUCAAGCUGUGAAGAUAAGAAACUCAAAAAGAGCUAUUAGAAGGCUAAUUACUGAGGCUGGGGUAGAAUUAACACAAACGGAUCAGAUAAGGGAGGAAGUCACUUCUUACUACAAAAGAUUGUUGGGUACUGCAAAUCAGGACAUCAAACCUGUGAAGGAAGAAGUAGAGGAGUUAGUUCAGCAAAAGUUGUCAGGGACAGAUUGCUUGUUUUUAAACCGUUCCAUUACACCUGAAGAAGUGAAGGAAGCUGUAUUUGCUAUGAGUCCACAAAAGGCCCCAGGGCCAGAUGGGUUCUCUGCUGGCUUUUACAAGAGAACUUGGCAUAUCAUAGGUGUUGAUGUAACAAGAGGGGUGCUGCAUUUCUUUCACACAGGUGCCAUGCCCAGUGGUGUGAAUUCCACUGCUGUUUCCUUGCUCCCUAAGGUACAAAAUGCUGAUACUUUAAAGAACUUCAGGCCAAUAUCUUGUGUGAAUAUACUGUAUAAGAUUGUGGCCAAAAUACUUGCUAAGAGGAUUAGAGAAGUGUUGCCAAAAGUUAUAAGUGGUACUCAAUCUGCAUUCAUAAAAGGGAGGAAUAUAAUGGAUAAUAUCCUGUUGGCACAAGAACUGGUUAGUGGAUAUCAUAGGAAAGAUCUGUCUUCACGAUGUGCUAUUAAAGUUGACAUUAUGAAAGCAUUUGACUCGGUUAAUUGGUCAUAUCUUUUCCUUAUGAUGGAUUCUAUGGGAUUUCCGGAUCAGUUUAUGAAAUGGAUUAAAAGCUUUCUUCAAACAGCUCAUUACAGUAUAAAUGUAAAUGGUAGUCUGUGUUGUUUUUUUAGAGCAAGGAAGGGGGUCAGGCAGGGUGAUCCAUUAUCACCCUACCUUUUCACUAUAGCCAUGGAAGGGCUCACUUCACUGUUAAAGAAGGCUGGACAAACAGGGGCAAUUCCCUUUCAUCCACAGUGUAGGAGGGUGUCUCUAAACCAUGUCUGUUUUGCAGAUGAUAUUUUGGUUUUCACAGUUGGUUCUGCACAGGCUAUUUUGCAAGUUAAAGCAGUAUUACAACAUUUUUAUAAGAUAUCAGGUCUGAAUAGCAAUCCAGCAAAGUGUGAGAUUUAUUUUGGUGGGGAAUCAGUGAUUUACAAAAGGAAUGCAUUGAAUCUUUCUGGUUUCCAGGAGGGACAGCUCCCUGUUAGGUAUCUGGGAUUACCAUUGAUAACUGGCAAACUAUCCUAAAAAAAAAUUGAUACUUAAGUGGAUAAGCUAACAAAGAAGAUGAAGUCCUGGAGGGCAAAGAAGUUAACAUAUGCGGGUAGACUACAAUUACUUAGUACUGUGUUGCUAGGUAUUGUUAAUUACUGGAUGCAAUUAUUUGUACUGCCUAAACAAGUUUUCAAACGAAUCCAGCAGGUAUGUUCACAAUUCCUUUGGCAUGGGAUUGAUGAGGGCAGAGCUAAAGUAGCUUGGAAGUUCAUUUCUCUUCCUAAAAAAGAGGGCGGAUUGGGAGUAAAAGAUUUAGUGAGUUGGAAUGAGGCUUGCACUAUUAGACUGCUUUGGCUAUUUCUGUUGAAUUCUGGAACCUUAUGAGUAGCCUGGAUGCAUGCAUAUAAAUGUAAGCAGGGGGAUCUAUGGACAAUGAAGAUUUCCAACACUAGUUCCUGGACGUGGAGAAGAUUGUUGAAGUUAAGAUCUUUGAUUCAAAGCUGGUUACACACACAAUAAUGAUAUUUACUGGGGGACAAAGUUGAUGAAGAAAUACUCAGUGCGUCAGGUUUGGGAAACAAUAAGAAACAGGGAGGCUGAGGUACCUUGGUAUAAGUUGGUGUGGUGUAAACCCUGUCCAUUGAGGUACAGUUUCUUGACAUGGCUUAUACUUAGAAAUUCUAUUACUACUCGUGACAAGUUGUUGAGAUGGGGGAAGAUUACUGAUGCUUCCUGCUUGUUAUGUGGAGGGGCUGCAGAAUCAAGAGAGCAUUUGUUUUUGCAAUGCUUGUAUAUACAACAGGUUUCCUCUGCUUUCAGUUCCACUCUAUUUCACUAUGGUGAUUGGGAUGAAAUGUUGAAUGGUAUGAUAACUAUAGUAAGCAGGGACUCACAGCUGGGGCGAUGGCAUGCUAUGGUCUGGUGUUUUAUUGUAUCUUUUGUGUGGAAGGAAAGAUGUGCUGUAGUUCAUGGAUCGGUAUGCAAGCCUCCUGCGAAGCUAGCUGCAAUGCUGAGGGAGGAAGUAAAUUACAUAGUUACUACUCACGCAGAGUAAAAGGCUGAAUUAGAAGGGUUGGGGUAUAUCUAGUUUGAAUUUCCUUAUAUUCUUAGUUUGAUUUUCCUUUCUGUAAGUAAGAGGGUUAUAUGAGUGGAGAGAGUUAGAAGAGGCAGCUGUUUUGUUUUCCUUUUUGAGUCUUCAUGACUCUCCUCGUUGUAUUGGUUCCUUUUCUUUAAAUAUACAGAGGCUGAUUCAACGAAGAAAAAAAAGACAGUGAUUUUUUAAAAAAAAAGAUUGGGUUAAUGGGCAGGUUACUUUUACCAACCAAAAAAAAAAAAAUACUGGCCUCCUGAAUCGCCAUUAAUUACUCCACUAGAUUGUACUCCGGCCCGUUGGCCGGUUGCAAUAUGAAAACACCAAUUGACAAAAGUUCAAAGUUUAAAUUUCAAUAAUAUUCCUUUUCUUAUAUAUUUGUGUCAUGAUUAUAUUAUAUGUCAAUUUCAUGCGAAUUAACAAACAAUGAUAACAGUUUUAUUAAAUAGCAAGACAGUUUCUUAAUUUUGACCACUGAGAAAGUCUAAUUUCUCAAUUGCUUGGAAAAUAGAAAAUGAGCAUCCACAAGAAUGAUUACUAACAUUGUAAACGUUGCCUUUUAUAUAAAUUAUUUUUGAAAUUAAAAAGAUAGAACUCAUGCAAGGAUAUAUAAACUUAUAAAAAAUUUAAUGAUAUGAUAUUAUAGGUAUUCUAAAAUGACCAAUAUCCAGUUUCUUUGUUUCGUACUAUCCAGUUUUAGAAGAUGAUUGUAAUCGUAUAAGUUUGAUUGGGUAGGAAGGAGUCUGAUAGGUAGAAAUUGGUAGAAGAUUACUGGUGUUUUUUUUGGUUCUACAGAUCACAUGGUACUUUCCAUUCUAGAAUUUCCCCUUCGUUGUAUCAGAGUGUGGAAUGUGUUUGCCUUUGCACUUUUUCUUGUUAAUAAAAUGGGAAUUAAUUCAACGAAGAAGAAAAAAUGACCAAUAUCAAUACCUCUUUACUAUCAAUAAUCUUCAUAAUCAACUUCACUAUAUGCAUCAUCAACUAACACUUCUCUCACUGUAAUACAUUUCUCGUAGGAAUGUUGAUAACUUUUUCAUAUACACGCAUUUUUCUUUAAUAAAAAGCACGUCUUCUUCUUGGUAAUUUUUUCAAUGAUUAAUCAGUUCUCUUCAACUCUAACUUAUGUUAAUUAAUUUGUGAAGGUUUAAAAUGGAUAGUAAUAAUUUUUAAUAUCAAGCAGUGCGAAAUAGUUAGUGAGAUUAUAAACAAUUGAUAGUUGUUCAUGUCGUUAUAAAACUUAUUUUCUGCUUCACAUAGAGACUAAUAAUAGUCCAUCACACCUUUUGGUGGUAUGAAAAUGACUCUUUAUUCUCCUAAAUCAAAUGUGACAUGAACACACAUUAAAUUAUAAGAUGCAUAUGAUUAAAAAUUAUCUGUAAAAAAGAAAAUCAAUCACAAUAUUUAAUUGUUUGGAUGAUUCUCUACGGGAAAUAUUUCUUUCAAGCAUUGAACUACAAAAUUUGUAGUCGUAAAAAUAUUAGUCUAAAUAAUAUAUAAGUAAAAUAGUUGAUGAUGGAGAGGGUUCUAACAUGAACAUGACAACCUUAGUUAAUUAGUUAUUAGGGAUGAAAAUUUUGCCCAAACUCAUGGGCAUUUUAAAAAAUCUAUGAGAUCCAAAUAGAUGCUAAAUGUGUAGAGUUUGAUGAGUUUGUACCCAUACCCAUUUAUUUGGUUUGAGUUGGAUUUUUAAUUUAUGAAUUUUGGUUUGUACCCAUACCCAUUGUAAAUUACAAUUUGGUAUCUAAGCUUAAUAUAUCUGUAAUUUUUUUGCAUAAGUCAUAUUGAUAUCGAUUAUAUUAGUAUCUAAAAUGUUUAUGUAUUACAAUUUGAUGCCUAAACUUUUAUGUUUUACAAAUAGGUCCAAUUUUUGUUUGUGUAGUUAAGAAAAACCUCAAGCAAAUGGGUAUCAGUAUCCAACCCAUGUCCAUUUAGAGUAUGAAAGCAAUAUUCAUACCCUACUCAAACCCAUGUCAAACCCAUAUAUACUUCACCCAUAUCCUACCUAUAAUCAAUGGAUUUACUUGUAUUUGGGUAAAUUUAAAUCGAGAGGUUCGUAUGAAUUAUUAAAACCCAAAAUAAAAAAUGAAAACGGGCUUGCUUGAAAAUAUAUAGGCCCGUAUGAAUUAUUAAACCCAAAACAAAAAAGUUCGGCUGAAUUAAGUAUAAAAAAGAAGAAUAGACUAAACUGCCCUUCCAUGCUUUGCGCACGAUUCAGGAAAAAGGGAUCUAAGUGGGUGCUGCGGUAGAACGUGCUUAUAUGAAUGGUUUGAUUUGAUGAUUGAUGUAAAUGGAGCCACAUAUGGUAAUUUGGCAAAUAUAUUCAGUGGGUGGGUUUGCUCUCAUUAGUGUAAAUUCAGUGAUGUUUCAAAUUGCUUUUUAUGACCUUUGGCAUGAAUAGAUUUUAACCAUGCAUUUAUCUCUUAGAUAAGCUAUAUAUAUUGCCACAAAAUAUAGAUUUACUAUAAACUGCAAUUCUGCGAUGUCCAAAAUGUUGUUUGAUCAAUUUAUUUUCACCGUUUCCAAUAUGUUACUUCAAAUAAAUACUUAAAAAUCUU